AUGAAAUUCAGUCGGUUCGGUUGGGUUUCGGCUGUGAUUCUGAUUCGACUGGCCAUCGAAGUGUUUGGGGAUCCGAAUUCCUUCUACGUAGAGUACAGCUCAAGUCAAAAGAAAGCAGUGGCGGUUAUCAAACAAAUACAUGUUUUUGGCGAGUCGAACUACAUGAAGACCAAAAUAUACAUCCACGAGGAUCGUACCCACUUCGACCUCUACGUCCAGAUGGUCCAUGAGUUGGGAAGUAAUCACCUCAUCAUGAACAUAAAGGUGCGCGUAAAACCGGAAGGCAGUGAUGUCUUUGUGCAACUUUUCGAAUUGCGACGGGUCAACUUUUGCGAAUUCCUCAGCGAAUACAACUCGAAUCCGAUGAUGCAGAUGCUGUUCAAAAAGAACCUCAAGCUGCAGGAAAUUAUUUUGUGCCCCGUUCGAGUCGGAAACUACUCGCUCCUAAACUCCGGUGUAGCCGAAAAUAUCCAAGCAGAUGGUGUGCAAAAUGGCACCUACAGGUUCUUCGCCGAAAUUGUCGAGGAAAUCGGAGAGAUUGCGAAAGUAUUUGCCCUUCAAGUCACUUCGACGGUUUAUAUUGUGGACAAGGAACUGGACUGUAAACUGCGAGGAAGAAACUUAGAAUGUAUGAGCAAUGAUGCCUGA